GGACUAGUCUGGGAAGCAGCGCUCGUGCAGAAGGGAAGCAAGAGUCAUUACUCGAAUGUUUGGAAUUCCACUUCCGUUUGAUGGAAUUCAAGAAGUCUCCACAACUUUAAAUCAGUUAUUUGCUCUGCACGUCUAGAUAAGAGGCGCGUUUAUUGUUUAGCUCAACAAAUGGCUUCUUCGCCGCAGAAAUCACCGUCCUCGCCGAAACCUCCGACUCCGAAGUCGCCUUCCUCCAGGAAAAAAGAUGAGACUUUUCUUGGAAAACUUGGAGGAACUUUAGUAAGAAGGAAAAAGGCAAAAGAAGUGUCUGAGCUCCAGGAGGAGGGAAUGAAUGCGAUUAACCUGCCGCUUACCCCUAGUCCCUUUGAGCUGGACCCUGAAGACACCAUGCUUGAUGAGAAUGAAAUCCGUACCAUGGUUGAUCCCAACUCAAGGAAUGAUCCCAAACUCCAAGAGCUGUUGAAGGUGCUCAUUGACUGGAUCAAUGACGUGUUGGUGGGAGAGAGAAUCAUUGUUAAGGAUCUAGCCGAGGACCUCUAUGAUGGGCAGAUUCUUCAAAAACUCUUUGAGAACCUGGAGGGAGAGAAGCUGAAUGUGGCUGAGGUGACGCAGUGUGAGAUCGCUCAGAAACAGAAGCUCCAGACGGUUCUGGAAAAGAUCAAUGACACUCUCAAAGUUUCCUCCCGGAACAUUAAAUGGAAUGUUGACACUGUUCAUGCUAAGAACAUUGUGGCCAUUCUGCACCUGCUGGUGGCUCUUUCUCAGCAUUUCCGGGCCCCUAUCAGACUCCCAGACCAUGUGUCCAUUCAAGUUGUAGUGGUUCAGAAACGUGAGGGAAUACUUCAGUCUCGGCAGAUUCAGGAGGAAAUAACAGGCAACAUAGGGGCAUUGUCUGGAAUAUAUGAGCGAGAUGCCUUUGAUACCCUUUUUGACCAUGCACCAGAUAAACUGAAUGUGGUGAAAAAGACUCUUAUUACAUUUGUGAACAAGCACUUAAACAAAUUGAACCUGGAGGUGUCCGAGCUGGAAACUCAGUUUGCUGAUGGUGUGUACCUGGUCUUACUGAUGGGACUCCUAGAAGGAUACUUUGUGCCCCUCUGUAGCUUCUUCCUCAUCCCUGAAAACUUUGAUCAUAAGGUGCACAAUGUUUCAUUUUCCUUUGAGCUGAUGCAAGAUGGCAAAAUGGAGAAGCCAAAGCCCAGGCCAGAAGACAUUGUCAUCUGUGACCUCAAGUCCACACUGAGGGUCCUCUACAACCUCUUCACCAAAUACAGGAAUGUGGAGUGACACAAAUGUCUUGAUUUAAUCAAACUACCAAAAUGCUCAAUACAAAGACAAUCUUAUCAGUAUUAUCUUGCUAUAUAUAUAUAUAUAUAUAUAUAUAUAUAUAUAUAUAUAUAUAUAUAUAUAUAUAUACACACAGCGGUAAAAUAAGCAUUGAACAUUUUCCCAAGUUAAUGCGUUUCUGAAAUUACUGUUAACAUGAUAUUUUCAGCAGAUGUUGGUAACAACCAAAUUAAUCCUUACAUACAAAUAAAACAAAACAAAACAAAUAAGUUCAGAAAUUAAGUUAUGUGUAAUAAAAUGGAAUGACACAGGGAAAAAGUAUUGAAAUACUGAAAUGUAUUGAUACUUCCUACAAAAGCCCUUGUUUGUUGGUAAUGAGAGCUUCAAGACGUCUCCUGUUUGGAGAAACUAGUGGCAUGUGCCGCUCAGGUGUGAUUGUGACCCAAUCUUCCACACAGUCUUCAAAUCUUGAAGAUCCUGUGGGUCUCUUCUGUGAACUCUGAUCUUAUUCUCUGUUGGAUUCAAGUCAGGUGAUCGGCUUUAUUUUCUUUCUCUGAAACCAGUCGAGAGUUUCUUGGCUGUGUUUGGGAUCAUUGUCUUGCUCAAAUGUCCACCCUUGUUUCAUCUUCAUCAUCCUGGUUCUGUAGAGUUUGGGACUGAACCAGCUAAUAUUAAUUUCCACUGACGAGGGGCAGGACUGCUUUCUAAUUACUGAUAGAUUUCAGCUGGUGUCUUCACUUUCCAUGCCUUUUUGUUUCUCCCUUUCUUCAUCUGUUCAAUACUUUCUCUCUGUCUCAUUCCAUUUUAUAAUUAAUUUCUGAACUUAUUUGUUUUGUUUUACUUUAUAUGUAUGGAUUAAUUUGGUUGUUACAGACAUCUGGUGAAAAUUUCAAGUCAACAGCACCUUUAGAAAUAUAUUUACUGAGAAAAAUUGUGAUGUGUUCAAUACUUUUUGUAGCCGCUGUGUGUGUGUAUAUAUAUAUAUAUAAUUUUUUAUUUUUUUUAUUUUUAUAUCUUUCAUGUUUGAAAUGGAGUAUAAAUAUUUAUUAAGUCUGCAAGAUGAUUUAAAAAUAUAUAUAAUGAUUUUAUGAUAAACAUGGUUAUGGAAAAUAGACAAAUAUGUGGAAUAUAUUGUGAAAUCAAUGUAUUGCGACAUGAGUAUUCAUGUAAAUUUCCAAAUCACUUUGUCACUUUUUAACAGUUUUUUCAAUGAACUAGCAAUGCCAAGCGUCACAGGGAAUGCAUGAACUGAUAAAUUGUCUGCCCAAAAUGCAAUGUAAGUCACUUGGAUUCUUUGGAUUCGUCUACCAAAUGCAUACAUUUAUGUAUUUUGAUGAUAGCAGAAAUUUUCAUCUAAUAAAAAAUGUAAUGCUGUCCUAUCAUUCUUAAAGUGGAUUGACAACAAUCAGGCUGCUGGAGAAUUAUAGUCUAUCAAAGCAGAAGAUGGCUUUUUAGUAACAUGUGCAUGUCGAUUAAAAGAGAUUUUCUUGAAUGUUUUAAUUUGGAGGUCGCCAAAAUAGUUUUUCACCAUUGAGGUUUAGGACAACAUGACUAGAAAAUGAACUCCCUGUGAAAUCACCCCUUUUUCCUGUGUACCAUAAAUGGAAAACCAUCCCGAAAAUAGGAAUAUCACACUCACACAAAGCAAAACAACUUGUCAAUCACCGCUUACAGUGUUUGUAAUCAGUUUUUAAUUUCCUUGACAUGUUCUGGAUAUAGUUUUCCUUCAUAAAGCCAUUCCUAAAAGUUGUAUGUAAUAAUUAUAUAAGUUAUAAAUAUAGCCACAUUUGACAAGG